AAGAGAUCGGUGGGAACCUUGCGCAAAAGAUACCACCGAGAGUUGCCUCCGGAAGCCUGACACGAACAGCAUUUCAGUUCACGCGCGACCGUCCAUCGUAUCGGACAGAGUUUUCCGUGCACGGGAAUAAGUCGGUGAGAAGAUAGAGGCUUGAAGUUCAAAAUUGCAUCAGCUGCUGAAGAUUCUGCUCCACGGGAGGACGACAGGUGGUGAGAAAUGUAGAUGCUGAGUGAUCUGACAAGGUCCAGUGCAGUGUUUUUUUGCUGGCCAGAAAAAGGGUGCAAUAUUUUGUCGUGUUGGAUUACAGAGAGCAACAUUCAGAUCAUCUCUGGAUUAAGCUCCAAACCAGUGAAAGAGCUUAUAGUGACCGGAUUUUAAUUGAAUGUGAUAUGCAGUUGGCAUUUUAACGACGUCUUCAGUGAAAUCUUGAGCAAAAGCCAGGGAGUAUUGGGUUUUGAGGAUAGAAGGUGAAAUAUAAAUCACACUGGAACAUUAUGGCAUCAUAAGUAAUUCUAUUCGGUUACAAGCAACACUUUAUCGAAUUUCCUCCGUUAGAGUAUCAAUUUCAAAAAGAGAAUAUAGGUGUUUGGUGACUUUAAGAUAAAACAUUGAAAAGUUGAUGGUUUAUUCAGUGAAAUUGUUGCAUUUAAUAGUUGCAUUUUGGUCUACUUAAAAUCUACCACUUUCGGUAGAUUUUGCAAAUUGAUAAAUUUCCCAACUUUUCCACACAUUCUCACCAAGGAAAAGAUAAAUGAGAAAGAUCCCCAGAGUGAGGUUGUGAAGUGCAGUGUCGUGAAAAAUUAGUGUUAAAUGUCUAUAUAGUAGAUUAAGAUAAAUCUCUUACUCAGUGAUGCUAUUCAGCUAAUUGUUGAGUCAAUUUAAUUGAGCAGAAGAAGAGGAAAUCAUCCACUGAAUAUUUCCUUUAAAGUGUGUGGAGUUUUUUUUUCUUCAAUCUCCUCUGUGAACGUGAAAAUUGUGUACUUAAGGUCUGAAAUAUGCAAGUGAGACGAAUUAAUUGGAGUGAAAACCACUGGAGCUGGAUUCUUUUCACAUUCACCAUCAUCAAUUUUUGGUGUGGAACAAAAUGUGAAGAUGAGUCCAUCGCUUCCCUUCGGGGCCAUUCUGUGGUUCUCACGUGCCCUGUGGACGUCACUUCCUGCGGUGACCUGCAUUCUGUCAAGUGGUUCAAAGGCAGCGAUCGAAUUGCUGUGGUAUCUGGAGAUGGUGAAGUGGUCAACAUCCAGAGUGCAUUUAAAAGCAGGAUGUCAAUCGAUCAUUCACCAAAUGGGCCAGCUACACGACUCCACAUAAAAGCAGCCCAAGUGACGGAUGAGGACACUUAUGUAUGUGAAAGUACUUUUCUAGAACCGCUAGAGUCGUGCAAUAAUCUUGGCGCGUACAGCAUAGACUUCAAAGUUCUAGUUCCACCUUCAGCGAUACUUGUGCUGGAUGAGGAGGGCAAUCAGCUGAAAAAUUCCACAACUUUGGGCCCCCUACGGGAGGGUCACACUCUAGGGGGCACGUGUGAAGUAAGAGGAGCCCGCCCCGCGCCAGUUGUUGGGUGGUAUCGAUCGGGAAAGAGGCUCACAGACACUGUGACAAUUGAUGAAUCCAACGGGCUCUUUCUUGUGAAGUCCACACUGUCACUCGUCCUGUCUCGCCAGGAAUUGGCAUCCAUCAUUGAAUGUCGUGUAGAGACUCCAGCCCUCGAGCACAUCGUCAGUAAUCAAUUGGUGCUAGAUCUUCAAGUUCGUCCAACAAAAAUAAACCUCUCUGGGGUGAAACACCAUACAGUUCAGGGAACAAAAGUCCUCCUUCAGUGUCAUGUAUUUGGCGCUCGACCAGCCGCCAAUGUGACGUGGUACAACUCAACACGAGCCCUCAGUACCGACCACGAGCCACUGAGUACCAUCAGUACGAAAACGUAUUUGCAGAAUGAUGGCACUUUUGAGACUGUCAGCCAGUUGAUUUUCACAGCGACACGCUACGAAAAUGGGGCGGCUAUCAGAUGUGAGGGUGACAACAUUGUGAUGAGGGAUGAUCUCGAGAAACCCAUUCAUGAGACACUUGUCCUCGAAGUUAUGUAUCCACCUGUGGUGACGGUGAGACCAGAAAAUAUCACCAUCAAUGAGACUGAGGAGUUCCUACUCCUGUGCGAGUACGAUGCAAAUCCCGCGAGUCUGGAGAGUGUUCGCUGGAAGCUGAAUGGAAAUGUGAUCUGGACAGGACAGUCGGAUCGAUUCGAAGGGGGACAUGCAGAGCAGACAGCCCUCCUUGUCAAGAAUGCCUCUCGUACAGAUAGUGGCCUGUACACGUGCGAACUCUCCAACGCCAUCGGCAAUGACACGUCCGACAAUGAAAUCAACGUCGUGGUACAAUAUGUUCCGACCGUAGAAUUGGACAUGGAUCCAGAAUCGCCUAUUGUGGAGAAUAGAGCUUCCAACGUAACACUCUAUUGCAACGUUGUUAAGGGGAAUCCGACGCAGUUACUGAAAGUCCGUUGGUUUCUAGAUGGUCAGUUGCUCAAAGAACUACCCGAGUGUGUACCGGACGAAACGAAUGGCGAAGACGAAGAUUUAUGCGAAAUCGAUCCUAGUAAAAUGCUGUUACAGAAUGUUGGACGGGAUUUUCUCGGAAAUUACUCUUGCGAGGGCCUCAAUGCCGCUGGUUGGGGCCCGAGGAGUCGAGAAGAAGAACUUGUAGUCUACUAUGAACCUGGAAAUGCAUCUAUACACCAUCAUCCACCAAUUCCCAUCAAACGCAAGAGUGUUACUCUAUCGUGCACUGUAGACGAUGGGGGCAAUCCUAAUGCAACGAGGUAUCGCUGGCUUCGGGGUCAUAAGUCCGUUAUGGACGUUGUGACCCCUAUGUGGACGGUUGAUCCCGUAGGCUUAGAUUCCCGUACCAACUUCUCUUGCUACGCCUACAACGAAGGCGGUGAAGGCAAUCCGGCCACAGUUCAGCUUGAUGUCCAUGCCCCACCAGCCUUCAUUCAGAAGCUACCACCCUACACUGGAGCCCUCUACGCUACGCAAAAUAUCUCACUAGCGUGUCGCGUUGAGUGUAUACCCCGUUGCAACAUAUCUUGGUUUAAGGAUGGAGUUGGAAUUGAAGAGUUCAACGAACGAUAUGAAGUUAGCAAUAAAUAUAUGGAAGCAGAUCCGUCCACUGGGGAUUUCGAGAGCACCUCUUCCACUCUGCAUUUUAACAUGUCGGCGUGGCCAGAUGAGAAAUUGGACAUCUUCAGAGAUAGUGCAAAUUACUCGUGUGUCUCAUCCAAUAAUUCCGUUGGGGUUGGUGUGAGGAGUGCUACAUACUUUGGCGUUGAGUAUCCACCAGAAAAUACAACAGUGUCCAAUGCUGAGAUAUCUGUGGAGGAGGGACAUCAACCCCAGAGGAUUCUCUGCUCAGCCAAAGCAUAUCCAGAACCUACCUACGAGUGGAGACGCUUAGGCCAGGUGAUUGCCAAGGGCAAUGCUUUAAUUGUGAACAAAGCGAUGUUACGAUUAGAUUCAGGUCCAUAUACCUGUAUCUCCUUCAAUCGACACGGUAAUCAUAGUGCUGAGACCAUCAUGAAUGUCCUUUACCGGCCAAAUUGCUCAAUCGUUCGCCGAGAAAUUGAGGAUGAGGACACCCUGGUGUGCACAGCUCAUGGAAAUCCCGAAGCUGUGGACUUUCACUGGGCCCUCAAGACUGAAAAUGACUCGAUAGAUGCAUACAAUGUGCGCCAAGAUGGAAUUGCCAGUUACCUAAUUCUCGAGGAUGGUGUAUCCGUCACCCGAACUUAUCGCUGUGUAGCCAAUAAUUCCGUUGGCUUUGGUACUACCUGUGAGAUCGAUGUGCCUGAAGUGAAGGAGAAACGGCAUAUAGUAUGGUGGCAACGAUGGGAUCGAAUGACUUUAAUCAUCCUAAUUGCAUCGGUAUUCGCAUUGCUGCUGGCGGUAAUAAUUGUGUGCAUCAUCAUUAUCUGCAUUUGCCGCAAGAGGAGGCGCCAGGAUAAAUAUCACACGGAUUUGUCCAAUACGGCACGCAGUGUCCUAACACCACCAUCAACUCCCAGAAGUGAGGCAAGGGAAGGUGGUCAGGUGGAAGAGAUUGGUCAGAGUCCACCAGAAGUGCCCAAGAGUCCACCAAAGUGGCCCCUUAGACCAGGUGUAAUGGUGCACAUAAAGGGCGAUACAAAGCAGAAUUUGGCAGCUUCGCGUUCGCAAACACCAUCAACUGGUCGUCCUGAGGUGUCUCCUGGGACACCGUCAAAGACUCCCGAACUGCCCCUGAGAAACUCAACUCCGCGACCUGAAGUUGAGGCUCCAGCUCCGAAGGCUGAAGAAGAAACUGUUGAGGAGAUCAAUGAUGAACUGAUCAACUUUACCAAUUCGGGACUGAUUGAGCGAAUCCUUCGGCGACUGAGGUGGAGAAGGGAGGGUCAUGGGGUCCGUCGGAGUCCACCCAUCCUGGCUCAGGGCUCCUCUGUCCAGGGUGGAGUGCAGAAGAAAGCGGCCAACCUAUUAAGAGCCGCCGGAUGGUUCGGAAGUGGAAAGUCUACGGCAUCGAGCUUAGGACUCUUCGACUCUCGCCAUCGUCCCAGUGGCAUUAAGUACACAGAUGGUGUUGUAACGUACAGAAAAGCUCCACUGAGCGUAAAUCAGCCGGAAAGGCGAGAAGCCACGGAAGGAGGUGACUCUUUGCCAUCCACAGAUUCCAGGAAAAGGAAGAAAGGUAGUGUUUCCGAUCACGACAAAUCAUCGGCCGCAGGAGACCCCUUAACUCUCACCGAACCUGGCGAGUAUGAGAAUCUCCCCUUCCACGGUUUGCAGAGUGCUCCGAAUAAGUCCACCCACCUUAAUGCUAACAGUACUACCACCCACUUGACUAGCAAUGUUGUUCGUGUGGCGCCACGGCCAAAAAACCCAUCCACCCUCAAUAGUUGCUUACACUCGACAACUUAUCCCACAUUUACCACCAACAUGUACCCCGGAAAUUCCGGCUAUCCCAACAAUUUUACCGUCAACACCCUCAAUUAUCCCACGUAUCCCUCAAUGGCCAAUUCGGCGUCCCUCAAUCCCUUUCUCGCGAAACGGGACAGGUGUCAGGGUCAUGUGGAGCAACAACGUCGGCCAGAGAAGAAGUUCAGCUCCCUCAAAUCACUGGGACUGCGAAAAUCACCGCAGUUCUACUCAAUGCGCGUCAGCAAGUCCUGCAAGAGGCACAAUUCCUUCGCUGGUGACAUCAAAAAACCCUCACCCCAGCCACCCUACAACAAUGUCCAUCGCGAAAAGUACGAACAGCAGCCACUGUAUGAGAAUCUCACAGAUUCAAUUCAGAUCCAUGAAUCAUCGCUUCAGAAUGAAAGCUCCUUCGCAUCAGUCCUCAUGAAUGAUGACUAUGGGGCCAAUUGCGAAGGGGAGCGGACGAGUAUCUACCGUAGUGACUCUGGGAUCUCCAAUAGCUCCUACGAAUGCAUAACACCGGUACCGGCACCCCGGACCGGUCAGAGAACCUGCCAAAGUGCACCAAUCUACAUGAAUCUACCAUCAAUGCAUCCACAUUCCUCCAGGAAUCAUCAUCCAGCCACAGCAUUUGCCAACUAUGAGCGAACACCACCAACAAAUCCCUUUACUGGGAAUCAACGACGACAGAUUCUGGUGCCAAAGGAACUAUUUCCGGCCACUGGAAGGAAGUCAUCGAGUCGAAGACUGAUAAAGCUGCCCCUGAGGAAGCAUCAUAGUUUUCACUUUCAACCUACACAGCCAGUCAAUGAGUCUCAGAGGACCAGGGAUGCCUACAAGCAUGGAGGUCCGUUGGUUUUUAAGCCUCUAUCGGAGAAGAAUGCCUUCAAACCCAUCACACCGGUACCAAAGAGUCCAGGAACUCCUCCACCGCGAAUCUGUGGCACAAGCCUCAAGAGGCACGUGUCGAAUGUGGAAGUGCACAAUGAGGAGCAUAGGAUGUGCAAUGGAGAUGUCAAGAAGCGUCUGCAUUAUGCAGACCUAGCACCUUUGCCUACAAAGUACGGCAAGAGCGGAAGUAGCAGCACUGGAAGUAGUGAAAGUGCCACAAAUGGUGAUAGUGAGGAGAGCAUAAAGUUAAUGAAUCUCGUGGAAAAGUGUCCAGUGAAUGGGAAAAGAACCCAAUAUGCCACACUUAAGUUCAAUGAAGUUAAUAUUUAGGCAUUAUCCAAGUCCCCAGUUCGGCACCAAAGUCCAGUAAUUUAAGUGACACUCUGUCAUAAAGUCAUUCUCACGACACAUCAUGCCACUGUUCACACUCUAUCUCUAUCUCUGUUAUCUGUGCCCCAGGGGUCUGUGUCAGAGGUCAGAAACACCACCUGCUACAGGGCGUGGCAUGGUACAAAAGGUUACCGCGGUAUUUAAUUUACUUGAUGGAAUUAAUACAUCAGUUGCAAAUUUGACAAAAAUUGUAGCGAAAAAUUCCACAGAGGAAUUUUAAUGAUACACUGAAUUGUCGAGGAUAUAGAUGAGAAAUUAAAGAUUUAUGAGAAACUCAGAGUAUUGAGAUACGAUUCAGCAAAAAUGUGAUAAUUGUCAUAUGAACAUUUUUAACGAGGACAUUCCGUAUGAACUUCAGUUACCAGAUAUCUUAUUUAGGUUGUUCAUUCUAAAGCUUUUGAUUUUAUUCUUAAUAGUAAAUGUACUAAUUCUCUCAUGACAAUUCUCACAGUUGUUCGGAAUUCGACCCCAAGGGGCAAUUCUCUAGAGUAGUGAAAAUUUCAAUAAGAGAACUAGUAUCGAGAAUAAAACCGAAAUCUUUCGAAUAAACGAUUUAACUAGGGUAGCUGACUUUAACUGAUAAAAGUUCGAAAGUCAGCCCAUGACUUUCUCAUGAAAUUUAUUUUCCUGACAAUUCUCAUGAUAAUUCAGAAUUACAAAAGAAAUGAAAACCUAAAAUUUUUAUAAUUCACAAUCAAAAUCUUGACUUUAAAAGUAUUUUGAAAAAAACUGAUCCGCAUAAACAAUAAUUUAAAUUGCAUCACGUGAUAGAAAAGAUUUGACUAACUGUCAUGAGUUUCAAUGGAACAACAAUCAGGUAAGGAGUAUUUUGAUCAGAAUUUCUAGAGUUCGAUCCUAGCUCUGAACGAUUCUUUAUUUCUUUUUUUUUAAUUAGAAAACAAAUAAGUUAAAAAGCAGUAUCUCUUUAAAUAAAGUUUUUAAUUUCUGCAAACUUUUCCUGAGUUUCCAAAUAAUUUUUUAAAUUUAUCUUUUCCCCCACUGAAUACUUUUGAAUUUUUAUUAAUAAGGAAUAUUAAUAAGGAAUUUUGGUUAAUAAGAUAAAAUUAAUUUUGGUGUGUUAAAAAAAUCAAUUUUUCGGAUUUUUCUCAGAGAAGUAAUCUAUCUUUGGUCAGUAAAAAAAAUUACAUUUCUCAGCAAAAGCACCAAUUUCGGUCAGUAAAAUAAUUAAUUUUGAUCAGUGAAAAACCAACCAUAGCCAAUAAAAAAAUCAAUUUCUUUUGAUAAAUUUUUUUUGUGAGUAGGAAAAAUAGAUUUUUGUCAGCAAUGAAAUAGAUUUUGAUCAGAAAAUAAAUCAAUUUUCCUCGGAAUAAAAUCAAUUUUUGGUCAGUAAUGAAAUCUGUUUUGCUUAUUAAAAAAGAAAUUUUGGUCAUUAAAAUAAUCAAUUUUGAUUAAUGAAAAACAUCAACUGUGGUCAAUAAAAAUAAUCGAUUUUAAUGGAACAAAUUUUAGUCAAAAUUGUUUUUGUUUUCAGUAAAAAAUCAAUUUUGGCUAGUAAAAAGAAAUCGAUUUUCCUCAGAAUAAAAUCAAUUUUAGAAAAUUUUUUAAAUUAUGAUGAAUUUCGGCCGGUAAAAUAAUUAUUUUGACUAGAAAAGAAAACAAUUUCUGUCGAUAAAACAUCAACCAGUAAAAAAAUCAAUUUUGGUCAAUAAAACAACCAUUUUUGACUAGUAAAGUACUAAAAAAAAAAAUCAAUUUUUGUCUGCUAAAAGAAAUUGGUCAGUAGAAAAAUCAGUCUCUGGCCAGUAAAGGAAUUUAUUUUGCUUAACAAAAAAUGAAUUUCCGUUCGUAAAAUAAUAAAUUUUGAUCAGUAGAAGCAACUAUUGUAAAUAGAGAAAUCCAUUUCACUAAACAAAAGAAUUUUGGCCUAUAAAAAACUAAUUUUGGUCAGAAAAAAAGUUAAUUUUGCUCAUAAGAAAAUCUAUUUCGGUUAGAAAAUAAUUAAUUUUGAUCAGGACAAGCAAAUAUGGUCAAUAUAAAAAUCAGUUCCUCUCGGUAAGAAAAUAAAUUUUGAUCAGUAAACAUAAUCAAUUUUUCCAGUAAAGAAAACAUUUUCCCGGAGAAGAGAAUAAAACUUUAUUCCGCAAAGAAAUCUACUUUGAUCAGCAAAACAAUUAAUUUUGGUUAGUAAAAUAACCAAUUUCGAUUAAUAAUAAAAUCGACGCCGGUCAAUUAUAAAAUUAAUUUCGGUCGGUAAAAAAAUGAAUUUCAUUUAUUGAAGAAAUCGAUUUUUGUUAAUAAUGUCAUCGGCACACCUUUUAGAUUGGUGUAAUUUAAUGAAAUCAAAAUUCGCGUCCCUUUCUUCUGCAAAGAUUUGCAUAAGUUUGUUCCAUUCUUUGUCUACACACUAGAAGCAAUUUUCGUCAAAAAUUGCAUUUUUUAAAAAAAAUUCUGACAUUUCUGCCUACAAGGAUAGGGGAAAUUUUCUUUAAAAAGCCAUUUUUUAAAGAAAUUUCUACUAGUGUGUAGAGGUUAUUAGUCUCAAAAUUGAACUCAACUAAAUUUAAUUUGGUGAGAAGAGUACAAAUAGUAGGAUAGACAUAUGAAAAGUUUUUACCAAAUUACCAAAAUUUACAUAUUGAUUUUGCAACUUUUACUAUUCUGCAAAAAAAACUACUGCUCAAAUUUGAUAUCUUAUGGCAACGGCACAACUUUUAGAUCAGGAAAAUUUCAUGAAACCAAAAUUCCCAUCCCUUUCUUUCUAAAACCUAUUGCAUAAGUCUAUCUCACCCUUUCGCACUCUUCUUCUUAUUUUAAAAAUCACAGUAAAUUCACAUGUUUUUCACAAUUAAAUUACAAUUAAAUUACAUGUUUUGCAUAUUCCUAUCUCAUUAUUUGGCACUCUUCUUCUUCUUCUUCUUUUAGAAAUCACAACAAAUUAAAUUUAGCUUAAUCGAAUUUGGAGUGAGAAGGAAUGAGAUAGAUAUGCAAAACCUUUGAGAAAGAAAAUUAUGCAAAUUUUGAUUUCAUGAAAUUUCACUUUUCUAAAAGAUGUGCCGAAGCCAUAAUGGCUCAUCUUUUAAAUCAGAAAAAUUUCAUGAAAUCAAAAUUCAAGUCUAUCUCAUUCUUUAGCAUUCCAAAUUCGACUGAGCUAAAUUGAAUUUAUUGUGAUUUUCAAAAUGACAAGAAGAGUUCGAAAGAACGAGAUAGAUAGAGAUAGACUUAUGCAAUAUGUUUGAGAAAGAAAGGGAUGCGAAUUUCGAUUUCACGAAAUUUUCUUAAUCUAACCCAUUAUAGAUCAAAAUUGAUUUCUGACCGUUUUUAUUAAUUCUGAUCGUAAUUUGCCAUUUCUUCCGUUGGAGAAACCGCCUUGGGGGUUAAGAUAGAAUGGAGUAAUGGGGAGUGCAUAUUGGGCCCAAAUAAGUGGCCUGGAUGCAGCGGAACCGAUAGAGGUUUAAGCCGCACUAGAGACAAAUCUUAAAUCCUAAACUUCUUUUUGGAAAUUUUUGAAUAUCUUUUAAAAAUUCUUAAAAAGUGAUGAUACGCGACACGGUGAUGCAAUUUAUUGGAUUUUAAUGGAUCUAAAAUUAAAGUCAGAUUUUUUUAUUAAAUAGGGGAAAGUACUCUCUCUUCGAACGUUCAUGCCUUCGAAUAAUGUGAUUUUCUUUUAGUUUUCCUGAGAGACUUACACAUAAUUAUUAUGUAAUUACGUAUGGUUAUUAGGAAAAAUAGAAGAAAAUUCACAUUAUUCGAAGGCAUGAUCGUUCGAAGGGAGAGUACUUUCCCCUAAUAUGUGAGUUUAGGAUUCUUUUCUAAGAAUGUGCUCUAUAAUUGUUUUUCCCCAUUUGGAAAAUUAUUCCUCGAACUUAUGUGCACAAGUCUUUAAGUCUGCAUUUCCUCUCUUUUUGGGGUGGAAAGGGUAGAAACGAAAUGUAUGUAAAUUCCAGCGUUUGCACCACUUAUGGCAAUUCAAUUGGAAAUACCAUCAAUUGAGUGUCAAGAUUGAUGGGUAAAGGGAUUUGUGGUGAAGAACUCUGACACAGAUUCACUGGAAAAUAUCUUAUGUUCUAAAUAAAAUCUACAUUUUUUAUGUUCCUUUUUUUCAACCCUUCUCUCUUUCUUUCUUAUUUUCUGUUGCACAGAUCGAAGAAGACGGUAUCAAAGGAAGUGAUACGUAUAUUUAUUGAAGAGAUAAUGAAAUGUAAAUUUUGAUCGAAAGGUAAUAAACUUUACGCAAUAUUAUUUUUUUUAUUAAUUUAAUAUUCUAAAAAAUAAAUGAAUGUAGAUUUUAUUUUAUUUUUCAUCUAAUUUAUGAAAUCUAAUAUCAUGUCGCUAACUCUCAAUUUAAAAAUUUAUUUUUUUGUACGGGGGAAUUUUGUUAAUUGGAGUGAUGGACAGUGAAGGGAUGAAGUGUAUUAAAUUCGGCCUAACUGCAUGUUCCAAGCAGAUCGCUAUCAUUGCAUUAAAAAAAAUGAAAUAAAAUCUUUAGGGGUGGUGUUUUAUUUAAAGAAAAAAAAAUUGAUUUUGUCUUCUUUUGUUACAAUGGGCCUGAUUUUUUAGCCACUCGGACCAGAUGAUCUUGCUGGUGAUUUAGAAUAUGCCGAUGUUGAUUUCCGCUCCUAUGGACCGAUUAACUACAAAGCAGCCUCAAUAUAUGCUCUAGUCAAGAAACAAAAAAAUGGAGCUUUAAAAGAAGUUCAAUAGCUUUUGUCCGCUCAAUUUAAUAAAGUCAAAAUUAUUCUGUAAAGAUUCUUCGAAAAGGACUGCAAAAACAUUUUUAGUCAUGGUGAAAACAAAAAAAAUAAAAGGUGUGAGAUGAAAUUCAAUUAUAGGAGCUAAAACCGUGGGAGUUUUUUUUAUUGAGAAAGGAACUUAACUGUGAAAUCUCAAUCUACAUAGCGAUCACUUUAGUGGAAAAUAAAGAAAAAUAGUGUAAGAAAUUUGCCGAUAUUAGGAAGGUGAUUAAAAAUAUUUGUACAUGUUGACCAGAUUGUAAUGUUUUUAUCAAAUUUAACCAAAAAGAAAAGGAAAAAACUAAAGGAUUAUGAAGAUUAUAAACUUAGAAGAAAUAUAAUGCAACUUUGCCAAAAAAAACGAGAGAUCUUUUAACCCUCAAUACCUUUUAACCGUGCGAAAGGAAAAUCUAUAGAAAAAUAACUCUGAUAUCAAAUAUAAUAGAUUUAAAAGUACAGAAAUAUAAAAAAAAUGUAACUACAACUAACACUUUUGCUGUAUAGAUGGAAAAAAAAUGAUAAAUAAUACUAUUGUCAACAGGGAUAACUCUAAUGAAUUUCAUAUACAUGUUAAAUAGAUGGAAUGAAGAUCUAUGAAAUGGUAAUAAGACUCAAAGGUACAUCGUUUUUUUCUUCCAUUUAACAUCACGAAAAAAAGUAUAAUAUAGUCUCUAAGAACUUUUUAAUCCAUUUGGAGUCACUUUAAUACCAUCUCUCUCACUGAUUUAAAAGGUAAUUCACACUGUUUCUCUAUCAGUGAGACUAACCUAAGCUUUUUUUUCUACCUAAGAUGGUUUUUCUUUCUCUCAUGAUACAUUGUAAAUAUGAAUGUUAUUUAUUUAGGGAAAUGGGAGGUAUUAAGUGAGAGAAAUGUGAAACAAUGUAAUGGCUAAAUGUGAAUAAAAUGAAUGAUGAAGAUGUUGAGAAAA